AUGCAACAACUUGAGUGCAACAACUACAUGCUGAGACGCGGAAAUAAACGCGUCUCUAUAAAAGAAGAUGACAUGUUUGUCCACAAAGUUGCGACUAUUUUUCAGGAAAGUGAUGGGCAUUUCAGCUCCAUAGCACUGGUGGACAAGGCCCAUUAUGAGGUUUGCGGCGAUAGUAUUGAACUACCUGGAGCCCAGGCAGCUAGGUUUUCUUUUACCCGGCCACUGCCCACCGCAGCAUCUGGCUCAGCCUCUGCUUUAAGGGCCUCUGCAGCAGCCAGAGCAUCCGCCGCAAAGGCCCUUCAAAGUCGCCAUGAAGAUACAGGCCUUGAUGAGGUGAAGUGUCAAAUUGAGGAAGUUGUUCUAGCAUCCCAGGGCCUUGGAGAAGUACUGGAAAAGAUCAACAAGCUGGUGGAUUCCGUGGGCACCGAUUGUAGGACCUUACUGUACCUGACGUCAGCCCAGGUUGAUGCCGUUAAACACGCAUUUGCGUGUAUCAUUUGUACAAAUCCAGUCAAAGACCCAUACGUCUCAACCUGCUGCAACAGCAUCAUUGGCUGUGCUGUUUGUAUCGACAGACUACAACAAACCACCACAUCCUGCCCUAAAUGCAGGGCAGAACAUUUCUACCCGCACAAGCUCGGUGGCCUGGCUGAAGCCAUGUCGGCUCUGGGGGAUUUAUUGGAGUAAUGAAUG